AUGCAUACCGUACUUACCAUGGAUUCACCCCCAGAGUGUGUGCUGGCUCUCUCUGGUGAGCCUACCCUGUCUCCUCCUACCAUGCCCUCUCUAGACCACAGUCCCCAAGUUUUGCCACAUAGCCCCAAGUCCAUGCCCUCCAGUCCCUUGGCCACACCAUAUGCCCCCUUGUCUCCCUUCUCCCUCCCCACGUCUAACCACCAAGAAGCAGGGGAGGAGGAGGAGGAGGAGGUGGAUGAGGAAGAGAUGUCUCCCCCACCUUCACCCACCCCGGCCGUGGCACUGUUUCCUGGCGAGCAGGAAGUGUGUAGUCCCUCGUCCGAGAGUAGCCCUCCUGCCACGCCCUCCGCCCCGCUGCCCGGGUUUGGGGCGUUGGAGUUAGCUCUCUCUUCAGGGCCUAGCACCACCUGCAGUGACGAACUGGAUCUGCAGUUGUUUCACAACGAAGGUGUGUCUGUGUCCAACUCUGGUCCCGCCCUCAAAUUCGCUUGCCAGGUGUGCGGGAAAAGGUUCAGGUUCCAGAGCAUUCUGUCCCUGCACGCUCGAGCUCACAGUUUGGACCGGGACCGCCGAGCGGCGGCCCUGUACAGGACAGCGCACCUCAAACCGCAGCAGAACCACAGCAGCAGCAGCGACGCCAGACGGAAACUCACGGGUUCCCGAGAGCAGACUCUCCAGACGAGUCCAUCACCCGAGUUGCUGAACUCAGGUCCAGCGGAUGAGAUCAACCCAGAUGGACCACUUCAGAUGUCAAGCAGUCCUCAUUUUCUGAUGGACGAAACCACUCCCCUGACUCCGCCCUUAACCGAGGACGCGCCUGUUUCCACCUCUUUCUCUCGUUUGGGUCUCCCCCAGCUGGAAGACUCCACCCCUUUGACAGCAGCUCCCACUUUCCGUUGCCACGCCUGUAAAGGGAAGUUCCGCACUGCCUCGGAAUUAGCUCGCCACGUACGGAUUCUCCACAACCCCUACAAGUGCACGCUGUGCUCCUUCUCAGCAAGCCAGGAGGAGCGACUUGCCUCACACCUGCAGGAGAGCCACCCCUCUCCAGAGGCUUCUACUCCUGCUCUCCUCUCACCCCGCCCCAUCACCGCCCCUCUGGACAUGUCCUCUCCACAAACUCCUGCUCUCCCAGCUUUCCGGUGCGAGACCUGCGGCCAGCGCUUCACCCAGUCCUGGUUUCUGAAGGGCCACAUGCGCAAGCACAAGGACUCGCUCGAUCAUAAGUGUCAGGUUUGUGGACGCGGCUUCAAAGAACCCUGGUUCCUUAAGAACCACAUGAAGGUACACCUUAACAAGUUGGGGCUGAAGGCUGGUCUUGGGAGUUUGGGGCCAAUCGGAAACGAGCAGUCCAAAGGAGCCCCUAGCAGUAAUCAGGCCCUAGGGGCACUUUACUCUAAUCUUCUCCUUGCCCGUGGUAUAACAGGUGGAGGUGGUGGGGUUGCAGGAAACCGUUCAGACAGAGACACUAGCACUAGCUCCAGCAAGUCCUCCAUUCUUGGGUAUCUCGGGUUGCCAGGUGAUGGCGGUGGUGCUAGCUGCAUGGAGAGGCUGCAGGCAGUUGCCCAGGUGGCAGAAAUGGGGAAUGGAGGGGGUAAAGGAGGAGAGACAGCUGAUGGAGGAGGGGACCAAGCAGCUAUGUGGCAAUUAGUUGCACGCAGUCUUGCAGCAGCCCAGCAGAGCCAGCAACAACAGCAGAAAUCGAGGUCGCAACAACAGGGUCAGUCCCGCGGCUCAGUGGCGGGCGAAGCAGAGCAAGUGAGGGCCUACCUGGGUGGACUGGGUUCGAGAGAUGACGUAGAUGCCUCUAGUACCCCCUGGGAAUGCCCUGAUUGUGGGAAGAUGUUCUGGAGCCUCCAGCAAGUAGUGGCACAUGCUCGUGUUCAUGCCCAACGGCUACAGAAGGGCAGCAGUGCUCGAGGAGAUGGAGGGAGGGAGGAGGAGGUCGUGAAAAGCUCUGCUGGGCUACGUGCAGGAGGUGGAGGAGGUGGCAGAGGUGGCGGAAAAGACGGCAGGCAUGAUCCUAAACAGCACCAGUCAGGAAUGGGCACCACCGGAAGUUUCCAUUCUGUAAUCUCUCAUUUUGCAGGUGAGAAUGGACUUAGGAGGGUGACAUCUGGGUCUUCAAUGCCCGCUCGUGAGCGUGUGAGGGGGACCGGCGUGAAAGACUGUCCGUAUUGUGGCAAAGCCUUCCGCUCCUCACACCACUUAAAAGUGCACCUGCGAGUACACACAGGGGAAAGACCAUACAAAUGCCCUCAUUGUGACUAUGCAGGCACUCAGUCUGGAUCUCUCAAGUAUCACUUACAGAGGCACCAUCGCGAGCAGAGAAACGCCAUGGCAACCACUCCCAUCUCAGCCUCACCAAGUGUCCCAGCUACCCUGUCUGGCUCUUCUCGAGAGGGGACACCAAAACAACGCAGGCCCCAGGCCCUGAUCCAGGGCUCCGGUGGAAGGGCUACAAGUGAGACUCUUGCCUCUAGACAAGGCCAGACAUGGUCUCAGGGGGCUGCGGAACAAGGGGAGAGUGCCCGAAAAUCAAGGGGGUCCCAAAGAGACGGAGAUUUGGAGAGUCAGUACCGUUACCUGUCUGGGAUGAUGGGAGCACUUUACCGCAGUGGCCUGGAGGGAGGGUGGACAGGAGAGGCGCCCGCUCCCAAAAUGCCUAAAGUGUCCAGGCGGAAGCCACUGGUCACCAGCCGCAUGUUGCCGAGUAACGGAUGCCAGAGCGGGGCGGUGUCCCGUGGCUCCCAGGACGGGGGGUUUGAACCUCUGGAUUUGUCCCGCAGGCCCUUGGCCGAGCAAGACGGAAGGAUCGCGAAGGAGUCCGGAGGAGUGUCACCAAGUGGCGCAAGAGGGGACAUCACCCUGAACCAGUGCGUGUUCUGUCCGUUCCGCACCUCAUCCGCUGAGCUGAUGGCCAUGCAUAUACAGGUUAACCACACCAGCAAGUCCCGUAGAAAGAGGGCUCCCCCUGUUGCCGGAGGCGCUGACCGCACCCACAGGUUGAUCCUACCGGGGUCGGAACACGACCCGCUCGCUCUGUGGAGGUUUCUGAACGACAGAGAUGAGGUGGCGUCCCCUGAGGAGUGGGUCGCCCCAAAGAGGAGGGGGGCGGAAAACGGGGUCGCCUCCGAGGAAGGAGAUUUAGAGAGCACCUCUGACCUUGCCAAUGAGAUUCCUACAAACCUAAGGCUAAACAGAGGGCUGAAAGAACAAGGGCUUAAGGAAAGAGCCGAGGAAGAUGAAGAAGACGAAGAGCUUCUGGAGGCAAAUGGAAGCCCUAAUUUCUCCACGGUGCACGGUGUAAGAAUGGGCUUGUCUGAAUCUCUAGCCCAAGUUUCCAAGGAUUUACCCAGAGAUGAGGAGGAGAUGUUGGGGAGCUAA